GUGAAGAAAUGGUAAACCAUAGUUCGAAAUGUGCCAGAGUCAGGAUCCACAUGGUCAGUCUUGGAAGAUUGGUACGUUUGCAUUUCACAGAAAGAGCUAGAAUUUGGAGUUGAAGCGCAGUGAUGUCCUAAUGCAAUGGACUCAGUAAAGGUUCAUGUCUCCAUAACUAUUUGGAUAUGCAUCACCAGUCUUCAUAUUUGCUCAGGUUCGUCAAAUCUGAGUUACUGGGGGAAGAAGGCGAGGCUAAUGGGACCACCAUGCUACUGGCAGCUAAGUGACCUCUGUGUGGUGCCUGAGUUGAAGGAACUGAGCGUGUGCAUCACCCUUCAGCGGGAGGUCGGCACCUCAGACUGGACUGCCUUUGACUAUAAGCAGCGUGGCAAGUCAAGUGUGGAGCUGGGUCUAGCAGGCAGCAACAGACAGCUAAAAGUAUGGCUCUUUGGAGUAGAGACCAAGGUAGACCUGGUGGAAGACCUCGCACUUCGCCAGUGGCACACCAUCUGCCUGUCCUGGUCAGCCGUAACCAAGCAACUGCAGGUGUAUGUCAAUGACAGCAGCCUCGGAGAAAUCCCCGUAAAUGGAUCUCGAUUAGCCGGCAAUGGCAUGCUGACCCUGGGGGUUUCACACACCCUGCUGGGUGGUGUAAUGGGCUUUGAGACUGGGAAGGAGCUGAUGGGGAGCGCGACACUCUUCCGCAUGUGGGGCCGAGCGCUGGGCGGCAGAGAGCUGUCUGCUCUGAGGUGUGUGGAGGGGGACGUGGUGAGGUGGAGCCAGCGGGACUGGGACCUAAAAGGCAGCUUGUGUGAACCGUUGCCUGACUCCAGCCUCAUAUGCGAAUGGCAGAAGUAUGAGAUUGAAAUGAUUGUUUCCAUCAAAUCAAAGCCAACAGACAAAGAAAAGCUGGGGAAAAUUGUGCAGAAUUGGUUUAAGUCUACAUUCCACUCUAACAUCUCAGUUCAUGCUGUCCCAUUAUGCAUCCCAUCUUUAAGGCAGGUGCAGAAAACGGGCCAUAAUCUUGGAACACUACUGGAGGGAAGAAAAGUAUCAUCCAAUGGAACCACUGAAAAGAGGUUUGACUGCCUGGUUUAUGUGGAGGUCACACCAAAGAAAGAUGUCUUGGCAGUCCAGGAGGAGGUCCAAUGGCGUCUCAAACCACCAUACCACCAUGACAAAGUUGUUGUGAAGGCAGACCCUGGAUCCAUAAUUGUUAAUUCUGUUGAGAUGUUUCCCACUGGUAGUCUUCCACAUACAACUGGUCCUCCAGCCCUCUCUACUGCUUUUACCACAGCUGAGCUGCCAUUAUGCCCUUCUGUGGCAGUAUUGGCCUCCUCAGUCGCAAUGGAAACUCCUGAUGAAUGUAGCCCUGACUACACAGAGGGGUUUCUCCAGGACACAUUUUACAGAGUCAGUUUAAUCGCAAUCAUCAAUGGUACAGUGAUAAACCCAGAGAUCACCAUUCAAAACUGGCUUGAUGCAACAUUGAAUCCACAUCGCAUGGCAUUUUUAAACUUUGUGAUGAAGCCAGAGUCGUACAUAUAUGGCUGCACAUUCCACGUGCAGGCAGAAUCUCUUAAUGUCACAGAGACAAAGAAGCUCAUUCUCAGCCUUCUCACAAAAUUAUACAUCACUGAGUCCAUGUCUAUUCAAGUCCUACCUGGUGACAUCAACGUCUCACACAUAGCUCCAGGCUCCUGCCCCGAUCACGACCAGCACACCCUGCAUGGCCUGUUUGCCUGGCCCAAGACGGAGCCACAGGACAUGGCCAUCGUCCUCUGUCAGAAGAACAAAAAAGAAAGAGCAACACGAUUCUGUAAACUAGAUGGCAUGACUGAUAAAGCCAUGUGGGAAUCUCCAGAUUUGAGCUCAUGCAAAAGGAUUGUGGUCGACAUCACUGACUUGGACAAGGUCAAUGUCACAGCAAAUAAUUCCGGUGAGGUAGUGGAGAUGAUCGGUAGUCUGGUCAGUAACCAAACAGACCUCAGUCAUUCUGAGGUGGACACUGUGCUGAACAAACUGGAGGAUGUGGUGGCCGUCAGCCCUGUCUCCCCGGCGUUGGGAGACAAGAUCAUGGACAUCAUCUCAGACCUCCUUAACUCCAAAGCUGAUCUGGCCUCGUUCACCAACAAAAUCCUUGGUCUCACAGACAGAGUUGGGGAUAAAAUGACGUUUGACGGAGAGACUCACAGCAUAACAGUCCCAUCAAUGGCCAUGCAGCUCGUCACCGUUAACUCCAGCCGGUUCCAGGGCCUGACAUUUGGCGUGUCCUCGUUCACAAGUGACAGUUCCCCAGAGAUUUUUUUGAAUGACACAUUUGUGGAGAAGCCUGUGUCAGGGGCGGUGGCCUCUAUCUCCCUGCCUUCUGUCCUAGAGAACUUCUUCCCUCAGGACAACACCAUUAGGCCUCGCAUCCAGUUUCAGUUCUACACUUCUGAUGUCCUCUUCAAGAAUUCUUUUCGCAACAUGACACUAAACACCUACAUCGUGUCAGCCAGCGUCGCCAAUGUCAAUGUCAGCAACCUGCGUCAACCUAUCAUCAUCACUCUUCGCCAUCUCAAGAGGGUACAGGUGUGUGGGUCCACUAGCAAACCUGAGGACAUCAGAAGAUCUUUACUUAUUAUAACUGCUUGUUAUAAUGAUCAGUCAAGUCACACACACACACACACACACAAACAAACAAACAUGGAUCAAGACGAACAGAUGUGUGUCUACUGGGACCUCAGCAAGAGUGGUGGCGGAGGCUGGGAGAACCGAGGAUGUAAGAUUCAGAGCACAGAUGACUUUCAAACCACCUGCCAUUGUAACCAUCUCACUCACUUUGGAGUGCUGUUGGAUGUGUCCAAGACCCCAAUUAGUGCAGCAGAUGAGCGGAUCCUGACAAUCAUCUCCUAUGUGGGCUGUGGAUUGUCCUCCAUCUUUCUGGGUGUCACCCUCAUUACAUACUUAGCCUUUGAGAAACUGCGUCAGGACUACCCGUCCAAGAUCCUGAUCAACUUGUCCCUGGCUCUGCUAGGCCUGAACCUGGUCUUCUUGGUGAACUCCUGGCUGGCCUCUUUGGAGAACAGAGGACUCUGUAUGAGUGUGGCGGUUAUCCAGCACUUUUUUGUCUUGGCCUCCUUCACAUGGAUGGGUUUAGAAGCUUUGCACAUGUACUUUGCCCUGGUGAAAGUCUUCAACGUCUACGUGCCCUCAUAUACCCUCAAGUUCUGUGUGCUUGGAUGGGGAUUACCUACUGCGAUUAUUAUCUUGGUCCUGGCUAUAGACAAGGAUGUCUAUGGCAACGGAUUAGGAGAUUCACAGAGCCCCUUCAAAGACACGUCACCAUUCUGCUGGGUGCAGAAUGACACAGCAUUUUAUGUCUCUGUCAUGGCCUUCAUUCUCCUGGUCCUGCUGUGCAACAUGACUGUGUUUGGAGUGGUGCUGGUCCAGAUUCGUAAGAUGCAGGCCAACAAGACCACCAGCAACACCAGCGGGCUGCUGCAUGACCUGCGGGUGGUGGCCAGCCUUACCUUUCUCCUGGGCCUCACCUGGAUUCUGCCCUUCUUUAGCUGGGGGCCAGUCAACACUCCCUUCAUGUACCUUUUCUCCAUCCUAAACAGUCUGCAGGGUAGGGUAUCCUUACUUUCUCAGGGAGACUUCUGGGGAAACACUUUUUGA